AUGGCAUCCAGACGACCCAUGUUGGUAUGGAUCCCUAUGUAUCCUUAUACGAAAGAGUGCUACUUAGAGGACUUUGAGGGAAACUAUUUCAAAACCCUCCUUCCCCAUUGUGUUGGCAUUGGUAAGGAGUGUGUUGGAUUAACUUGUGGUUACAUGGUCUUUUACGGGGAGAAAACCCGUGACUUUUGGCUUAUAAAUCCUAUCACAAGGAAUGAACUUCAUUUCCCGGCUUUCCCAGGUUCACCAGGUAAGGCUAUUCUUGUCUUUUCACCUUCAAUGCCUGGGUCUGGGUUGGUGCUUGUUGUGUUAAAUCGAUCCAGCUAUAGAAUAUGGUUUUCACUAGAGGGUAAAGGAGCACGGAAUCAUGUCUCUUCUGUUAACCACUUUCUUGAUCUACACGCUUUCAAGGGAAAGAUAUAUACCCUAAACUCCAAUGGGUGUUUAUAUGAACUGAGGUUCAAUCCAAAGCCCAAAUUGACUCUACUAGAAAUCAAGAAUUUGGGGGAGUCACGUAUCUUUCAUCGGGAGUUUGUAAGUUCGGGUGAAAAUCUUUAUGUUAUACAAUACAUUUCCGAAGAUUUGUUCCAAGUUCAGGAACUAAAUUUUGGUGAGAUGAAAUUGGUGUCGCUAGAAGAAAAUACAAUAGGAGAAUAUGCUUUUUUUCUAAGCAUAUGGAAUCAUCAUAGUGUUGCAAUUAAACCAGAGUCAUGGGCUGUUGACCCUCGGUCAGAUUUCAAGAGUUAUGAUUGCUUCUGUGACUCUACCGAUGAAACUCAGAAAGGGAGGUUUUUUAAAACACGCAUGUGGUACUUCCCCCAUCUUUGUUUGGAUGUUGAUCUUGUUAAUGAGUGA